AUGAGUUUUAAUAUUAACAGUACAUAUAAAAAAACACAAUUAAAUAAUAAAACGGAUGACUUCUUUCUUAGAGGAUUUUUAAAGGCACAUUUUUUAAAUAAAUUUGAAGUAAUGCCAAAAUAUAAUAAUGGACAAAAUGUUCAUAUCAAAAAUGUAAAUAAUGAGCACUUUGAACGUGUUUCUAACGAUUCUUGGUAUGAUACAAGCGUUUUAAAAAAAAAAAAAGAUAUUUAUUUACUUUGUAGAGAUAUAAAAAAUAAUAAUUCUGAAAGUAAAUUAGAUAGCACCAAAUUAAAUGAAAGUAAUUUACCUAAAAAUAUAUUAAAGUCAAUUAAUGAUAUAACCUCAAAUGAAAAUGGCAAAAAUAAUAGCUAUUCUUUACCCCAUGGUAGUCAUUCAUCAUAUAGACACUUGCCAUCAGUUAACAUGAAAGCAAAAAAAUUAUAUAAAAUAACAAAAAUAAAUAAUUCGAAAAAAGGGAAUAUAAAAAGUUCAAAUUUAAAAUUUAAUAAUAAUAAAAUUUUUGAAAAUAAGGAACUUGAAAAGAGUAACUAUAACAUUAAUUUAAAUAAAUUAAAAAGUAACAUUACUGGAUUCAAAAAUAAAAUAAGAAAAAAAAAAGAAAUAAAAAAUAAUUUUUCAAAAUAUAAAAGGGAAAAUUCUUCAAAAAAUUAUAAGGGUCUUGAUUUUUCCAAUAAAAAUAUAGAAAAUUUCCUUGAAAAAGAUAAUUUAAACUCUCUAAAAACAAAAAUUCUAAAAAUAUAUGGUCAGAAUCAUCAUGAUAAAAAUGGUGUAUACUUUAUAAAUGAUUUAAAAAAAUGCAAGGAUGCAAAAGCUAUUGAGCCCGAUAUAUUCAAAGAGAACAAAAACGAUGAAAUUAAUGAAAAAAUUAUUUCAACACAAAUAAAAAAAGAUGAAUGUUUUACUCCUAGUAAUACACAUAAUAUUUUAGAAAAUAAAAAUAAAAUAAGGAACAAUUUAGAAAUACAAGAACAGUAUCCAUUUAUAUCUGAUAACUAUGAUAACAAAUGUUCUGUACAAGAAAUAAAUUUUAUGAAUGAAAUUUCUAAUAAAAUUUUACACACAGAUGAAGAAGAAUCAUUUAAAACCUACGAAGCAUUUAAUAAAGAAACAAAUAUGAAUGAUGAGAAAAAGAAGGAAUAUAAUUUAGAACAACAAAAUAUCUUAAGUAAUGGAAAAUAUAAAGAAAAAAAAAUUAUAACAAACGAGAAAAGGAUUAAUUCAUUAUCAAAUAAUUAUAUAUUAAAUAAAUAUAAAUUUGACAAUAUAAGAACAAAGAAAUCAUUAAGUAAUUUAUUGAGAAAUAUAAAAGAAAAGAAAAAGAAAGAAAUAUUACUGGAAAGUUCAUUAACUAAUUCCGAGUUGUCAGAAGGUAAAAUGAUAGAAAGUGUGAGCAGGCAUAGCUCUAAAAAUAUUAAGUCAAGCUUUGCAGUAUCUAAAAAUAUUUCAGAUGAAAAUGAUAUGAAAUUGUCAUAUUUAUCAGCUCAAAAAAUGUAUUAUAAGACAACUAUUAACACUGAAAUGUCUUUUAUAGUUGAUUUUAAAAUAUAUAAACCUAUACUUAUGAAAAAUAUAACACAUUUAUGUGUAUAUGUGGAUAAUAAAUUAUUAAAAAAUAUUUAUAUAAAUGAAUUUCCACAAAAUUUUUCUGUUGUUCUUCAACCAAAAAUUAAAAUAAAUAACGAAAAAAUUUUAGUUAAAGUUAAAAAUAAGCUAACUAAUAUAAAGGAAACAAAUAUAUUAAAUUUCAUUUUUCUUAAUAAUGACAAGGAAGUUGGGUAUUCAUAUAUCAGUAUUAAAAAUUUAUUAUGCCUAGGUCAAGAAGGAGGAGUUUUUGUAUUAGUAGAAGAUUAUAAAAAAAAAAUAACAAAUGAAGAAAAAAAAUUUAUUGUUUCUCAAAUUACUCCCUUUAAUAAGCAAGAAAUAAAUAUUUUAAGGCCUAAAAUAUUUUUAAAUUAUAAAAUAGUUUGCCCUAAAUUUCUUGUGGAGUCUAUACCAUUAUGUGAUAUUGUGACAUCACGAGAUAAAAUAAGCUAUUUAGAAGAUAUGGUUAGAGAAAUAUACAACUUCAUACAAAAUUCCCCAUUAACCAAUUAUGUAAAAAAUGGAAAAAUGCUAAAUUUAAUAAGUGAUAAAAAUUUUAAGUAUAAGAAUACUAAAAAUAUAAAGGUAUCAGAUAAUAAAAAAUUUUAUUUCAGAUGCAACAAAUUAAAGAGCAAUGAAAAAUGUACUGCAGAAAAAAAUGAAGCAGUAAAAAAGAACUAUGAAAUAAAUGAAAAUAAAAAUAAUGUGUUAAGCCCUGAUGAACAACAACAAAAUAAAUUAAAAAAAUACCGUAUACAUUAUAAAAAAAAUGAUAAUAAUAAAUGCAAAAUUGAUAAAAUUACCUAUAUAAAUGUUUCAGAAAAAAAGAGUAACUCUAUUCUUGGAUUUAACCAAAAUGAUAGUAAUGCAAUUUUGGGAGCUGAUUAUAAUGUUAAUGAAUAUAAUAAUGAUAAUACCAAUUGUGAUGUGAAUAAUAAUGAAAAUAAUAUGGGGAACUAUGAUGAAACUGAUAACGAAAAUAAGAGUAUGAAUUAUAAGGAAAGUAAUAGUGAUGAUAAUAGUGUAUAUUAUGACAAAGAUAUUAUCAAUAAAUGUUAUACCGGAAGUAAUAAUAUUAAUUACAUAAGCAGUAAUUUUAAUUACGUAAGCAGUAAUUUAAUUAAUAAUAAUAUUUAUAACUAUAAUACUACUUUAAAAACAAAUAAUAAUAAUAAUACAAAGGUUGAAAGUUCUAAUAAAAGCUUUGAUCAAAUUAUAGGAUUAGAUAAAUCAAAUAACUGUCCACUGUAUUUUGAUGAAAAUAAAAUAUAUUGCAAUAUUGAAGAUUCUGAAAGAGAAAGUAAAAAUCUAAAUGAAAACAUUGAAGUUGUUACUAAUAUAACUGAAGUCUCAUUAGUGAAUAGUGAAAUAAAUUAUGAAAACGUUAAUACCAAUAAAGAAAAAAGUAUAAAUAAAGAAUUUUCUAAAGAAAACAUAAUUAACUGUAGUUUAAACUUAAAUUCAGAAACAUAUAAUAUAGAAGAUAUAAAAAAAUAUAUAUAUAACGAUAUAUUUAACGACGAUAAAAUAAGAGAGAAUAAAAAUAGUGAAAUACAGAGUGAACUAAAGAAUGAAAAGCCUCAUGAUUCUCCGGAAAAAAAAGAUGUUAGAAAAAUUAGUAAUAAAAAAAAUUUAAAAAAAGAAUGUUAUGAAGAAAAAAUAAACAUCGAGGAUGAUAAAGAAAAUGAAGAAUUCCGUGGAAUAGUAUCAGAAAAAAAAAAAAAAAAAUUGGAUGAUAUAUAUAAUGAAAUUGAAGUCAAUAUAAAAAAUAAAAUUAACCAAAAAUGUAAUUAUAUUAUAGAAAAAAAUAAUAAUUCUAACGUGCAUAUAGGUUAUUCUAAGAGUCAAAAUUUUGAAAUAAGUGAUAUAGAUUUAAAACAUAAAAGUAAUGAAAUUUCGAAUAGUAAAAGCAAUUUGAAACAUGAUCAAAUUUUAGUUUCACUUAAUGAAAAUAAUUUCAAUAAUACGAAUAAUUAUAUAAAAACAAAAGAUAAAGAAAAAUAUAGAAAAAAAAAAGACAACGUAGCUAAAUUAUUUUAUCUAAAUCAAGAAACGUAUAAGGAAAGCAAAAAAAAAAUUGAGGACUUAAAUAAUAUAAUUGAAGAAAAUAAAAGAGAAUUAGAGUUAAGAAAAACAGAAAUAGAAAAACUAAAACAUUCUUAUUAUAAUGUAAAUAUACUAUAUAGAGUAUGUUAUAAAAAAUUGCUUGAAAUUGAAAAAAAUAAAAAUACAAAUGAAGAUGAUUCUUUAUGUAAAUUUAAUGAAAUAGACGAUCGUAAAUUAAAGGAUUCUAUGAUAUCGAACAAUAGUUUUAAUAAAGAUAAAGAUCCUACUUUAUAUAAAAGUAACUCACUUAAAGAAAAUACCUUAAAAAUAUUAGAAGAAAAUAAAAUGAAAAAUAAUUAUAUAAUAUUAUCUAAAUCUCCUAGAAAAAAAUCUAUUCUAAAAUGUAUAGAAGCUGAUUACAACUUAAAUAUGUGUGCACCGAAAAAUGACAAAGGGAAAUCAUAUUUAGAUUCGAUAGGUGAAAUAAUGAUAAAUACGGAAUUUUAUAAUAGAAAAAAAGCUAAUAAAAUUAAAAAUAACUCAAAAGAAAAAAUAAAUUUAAUUAAUCUACAAAAAGGAGUUAAAAACUAUAAGGAAACAGUGAAUCACGAAAAUAAAGAAAAAGAAUUAGAGAUUCUUCUAAAAGAAAAUGAAGUUUUUAAAGGAGAAAUAAAUAAGUUAAAAUUAAGUGAUGAAGAAUAUUUAAAUAUUAUAUCCUCAUUGAAAGAAGAAAAUUUGUUGAAUAAUGAAGAAUAUGGCAAAAUAAAUGUUCCUUCUAGUAAUAAAAAUGCAGAAAAAAAUUACCAUAACUUAUUUUUAUAUAUAACAAAAAAAAAAGAAUUUCACAUUGGCGUUGAAAAAAAAAAUAGAUAUAGCAACAAUACUAGAUUUAAUUUACCUUUAGAUUUACUUUAUAGCUAUUCACAUGAUGAGACUACUGAUAAAAAUGAUUUAGAAAAUGAAGAUGUGAAUCAUGAAGAAAUAAGAACCAAAUAA